AUGAGUAAAUUCCAAAAAACCCUAAUUUCAGUUUUCUUUCUCUGUUUAGUUAUCCUACCUCUUCUAGUCUCAUCCGCGGAGGAAGAAAACGAAUGCGGUGGUGGCUCCAACGGAGGAGGAGGCUCUGCUUCAGAGAAAGCAAAGAUUCUUAAAUACAAGAUCGGAGCUUUCUUCUCUAUCUUAAUCGCCGGAGUUUUCGGAGUCUGUUUACCUAUCUUCGGCCUCAAGUCAGAGAGCAAUCUCUUCAUGUUCGUCAAGGCAUUCGCCGCCGGAGUAAUCUUAGCCACCGGUUUUGUCCACAUUCUUCCCGAUGCCACCGAGAGCCUCACGAGUCCUUGCAUCGGAGAAAACCCACCGUGGGGAGAUUUUCCGGUGACAGGACUCAUGGUAAUGUGUGCAGCGAUUGUGACAAUGUUGAUUGAGUCGUUUGCUUCAGGGUUUUUGAAUAGAUCUCGGUCGGAGAAGGUAACUAAGACUUUGCCGGUGAGUAACGGUGGAGAUAUGGAGGAGCAUAAUUCUCACAAUGGCUCUGCUCAUACUCAUGCCUCACAAGGACAUUCUCAUGGAUCUCUUCUUGUUCCUCAAGAUGAUGAUCACAUUGAUCUAAGAAACAAGAUUGUAACUCAGAUAUUGGAAUUGGGGAUUGUGGUUCACUCAGUGAUAAUAGGAAUAUCUUUGGGAGUAUCUCCAAGUGCAAGCACAAUAAAGCCUCUCAUAGCUGCAAUUACAUUCCAUCAAUUGUUUGAAGGUUUUGGUCUUGGUGGUUGCAUCUCUGAGGCAAAGUUUAAAGUUAAGAAGAUUUGGGUUAUGGUGUUAUUCUUUGCACUCACGGCACCACUAGGGAUCGGAAUCGGUAUUGGAGUUGCUGAGACUUACAACGAGAAUAGUCCCAUGGCCCUAAAAGUGUCCGGUUUUCUCAAUGCCGCGGCCGCGGGGAUCUUGAUUUACAUGGCGCUUGUUGAUUUGGUAGCUCCAUUGUUCAUGAACCACAAAGCUCUGAGUAGUAUGAAGAUACAAUUAGCUUGUAGCGCAUCACUUGUUCUUGGUGCUGGUUUGAUGUCUCUUUUAGCUAUUUGGGCUUGA